GCCCAAUAUAUUUCCUUAAUAUUUUUUUUUAAAAUCUGAUUCCCAUCCAUUCUCGGUGAAGUCUGUCUCUCCCGUGAUUGCCAUUGAUGUAAAUGGAGUAGAAAAGAAUCAUGCCUCGCCUGUGUGCUGCUGGAUGCAUCCAUCUGCCUUGCAUACAAAAGAAAUGCCCAGCUGAUGAUGAUGAUGAGGAUUUCCCCGUGAAAGAUGAACUUCAUAAACUCACAUCGGAGGACCUAAGUCGGUUUACAACCCAAUUUUCUCCGGAAAAUCUUGUUGGAGUCACCCACUUAGGAAAACUCUAUCGUGGGAAGAUGGUCAUUGGUGAUAUUACCAAGGAUGUCGCUGUCAAGAUUAUAGGUCUUGAUGAAAGGGUGUUUAAAUAUACAGGCAACGACAAACUGGAAAGAUUUGAGUAUGAAUUGAAAUUUUUGCAAGCUCCAAGGAUUAAGGGCAAUCCCAACUUAGUGAAAGUGAUUGGAUAUUGUGAAGAGGAAGAGACCUUGGGGAUUGUUUAUGAUCUAAAUCCACACGAUACUUUGGAGAACUUAAUUACUCGAGGUGACUUCAAUUGGAUGCAGAGGAUUAAGAUAGCCCUUACAUUAGCUCGCUUGCUUAAUUAUCUGCAUGAUAGGAAAUACCUCAUUCGCAACUUUGCUCCAUAUCACAUUGUGGUUGAUCAGGAUUUCACACCAAUUAUGUAUGAGUUCGGUCUGUUAGUUGGAGGGGUUCUGCGUAAUAAAAUCAGUGCAUCGGAUUUUAGAUUGGCUCCAUAUGGCUACAUUGAUGGAUCCCUCGUUACACAUGGUCCUGAUACGUUUACUGUCAGGUCUGAUGUCUUUGCCUUUGGUAUUUUGCUCGUAAAUUUGAUAAGCAAAAGAGUUGUUGUGGAUACAAGAGAUCGAGACGAUGCAAUUAAUAUGUGGGUUUUGAGAGAGUUCAAGUCUGGGCGUUCAGUUGUCCACCAAACUCUUGUGGGUGAUCCAGGUUUUGAUCCUCUCGAUGGAACUAUAAUCACACAACUUGCAAUACAGUGUAUAGAAGAUAAACCAAAGAAACGGCCAAACAUGAAAGAAGUUAUUGAGUGUCUGGAGACCUUACGUGUUGUGCAGGAGCAUGACAAAGAAGUUAACUCCUUCUAUAGAAACAACUCUAAUUAGGAAAGCAGUUAGAUAGAUAGAUAGUUUUAUUUCAUUUUGAGUUU